AUGGCGGGGAUCUCUCGCGCGAUCCGGGCCUGCGCCGCCGCGUCCCGGCGGACCCUGGCCGCUGCUUCGGGGGCGGCACUGCCGAAGGAGGAGGCGGCGGCGGCGGCGGCGGCGGGGGUGAGAGCGGCGGCGACCGGGCGCAGGGGGCGGGAUCAGGAGGACGGGAGGCGCGUGCAGUGGGUGUUCCUCGGGUGCCCCGGGGUGGGCAAGGGCACCUACGCCAGCCGCCUCUCGCAGCUGCUCGGCGUCCCGCACAUCGCCACCGGCGACCUCGUCCGCGACGCCCUGGCCUCCCCUGGCCCCUUCUCGAAGAAGCUUGCUGAGAUUGUCAAUCAUGGAAAACUGGUGUCUGAUGAGAUCAUCAUAAAUCUGCUGUCAAGACGCCUGGAAGAGGGAGAAGAAAAGGGUGAAUUGGGGUUCAUUCUUGAUGGUUUUCCUCGAACCAUAAGACAAGCGGAGGUACUUGAAGGAGUCACAGAUAUUGAUUUGGUGAUCAAUCUCAAGCUCCGAGAAGAAGCUCUGCUUGCAAAAUGCCUUGGCAGAAGGAUGUGCAGCCAGUGUGGAGGAAACUUCAAUGUGGCCUCCAUUGAUAUGGAGGGUGAAAAUGGUGGGGCUCGAAUGUACAUGCCUCCACUAUUGCCUCCUCCACAAUGUGAAUCGAAGUUAAUAACCAGAGCAGAUGAUACUGAAGAAGUGGUAAAGGAGCGGCUACGUGUGUACCAUGAUUUGACUGAACCAGUGGAGGAAUUCUACAGAGCACGUGGGAAACUCUUGGAGUUCAAUCUACCUGGUGGAAUACCCGAAUCAUGGCCAAAGUUAUUGCAAGCCUUGAACAUAGAAGAUCCCGACAAUAAGAAAUCUGCAGCAGCAUGA